AUGGCGCCAUCGACAGAUGUUGAACGUCUGGACCUGCUGCAGACAGAGGCCCGAACCUCAACUGCGGACAAGAUCGAUCUGCUUGACACACUGGGACUCUGUGAAGAAUUCAAUAAAGAAGAGAGGCGAGUUGGAGGAGCUGUCGCGUGCUGUCUACCAACUAUUGCAUCAUUGAUUGACGACUUAGCUCCGAGACUCGAAGCUGGAGGCAGGCUCAUCUAUGUCGGAGCCGGGAAUAGCGGCCGGGUCGGGUUCAUGGAUUGCAGUGAACUGCCGGUGACCUUCUCGGUCGACCCCCAACAGUUUCUAACUGUCGUUGCAGGGGGUACUGAAGCCAUAAUUCAAGCCCAGGAAGGUGCUGAGGAUGUGGAAAGUGACGGAGCUCUGAGAAUGGAGGCUCUCCAGCUGAAUGAGAAGGACACAGUAAUUGGAAUCUCAGCAUCGGGAAGAACCCCAUUUGUUCUAGGAGCACUUCGAGUAGCUCUUAAGCAUGAUGCACUUACGGCUGGAAUUACGAACACGUAUCCCUCUAGAAUUGACAAGCUCGGAGUCAAACACAGCAUAUGUCCUUUGGUUGGACCCGAAUUUCUCACGGGAAGCACUAGACUCAAAGCAGGCAGCGCUGCUAAACAGAUCCUCAACAUGAUCAGCACCUGCUCGAUGGUAAAACUUGGCAAAACAUAUAAGGGCCUCAUGAUUGAUGUACGAGUGAAUAAUUGGAAACUGAAGGCGCGUGGGAGAAGAAUUGUGCGUCAGGUUUGCAAUGGAGCCCCGAUGCACAUCAUAGAGAAGAACGGGCUACCGUCGUCACAGGCGGUUGAUGUCCCUGAAACAGCUGAUGGCGAUGCGAUCAUUGACUCUUUGAUCCGGGAGUGUCAGGGCAGUGUCAAGCUAGCCUGUGCAGUGGCUAUCUCCGGCUUUCCUCCUGAUGUUUCCAAGCAGAUGCUUGAUUCUGCAGGUGGUAACUUCCACGUUUUCGUUCAAGGAAUUAGAAUGAAGGCUCCGCCAAGCCCCGUGUCUCUUGGUGAGUCCGAUUACUGUCUUUGCGUGGACGGCGGUGGAACGAACUGCACUGUGUCGAUUGCAACAGAGUCCAUGGUUGUUGGUCAAGGGGUCGCUGGUCCCUGUAAUUUCAACGCGGUUACUCUAGACGAACUUAUGGAUCAAAUAAAGCUGGCCACAAAACGGGCGUCCUCAACGAUCCUUGCAAGGCAGGGAUUUGGCUAUCCCAACCUACCAAGGUUCUCGAAGGUCUGGGUAGGAUUGGCUGGGCUAUACCAUGCGGACCAGGUUGCAACAUUGACCCGUCGCCUGGAGGAGCUCUUUGACGUUUCUAUAAAGAAUGGAACACUGCGACUGACCAGUGACGGUAUACUCCUCGGCUCCUGUAUUGCAAUGGAUGACUCGGUCGAAUGUGCGAUUUCCGUGAUUGCCGGGACAGGAUCGGUAGCAACUGCCUUCAAAAAGGCCCCUUCAAACGAGAUUGUCCAAGUUGGUCGGACAGGAGGUUGGGGCUACCUUAUUGGGGAUCAAGGGAGCGCUUUUGAUAUCGGCAAGAGGGCACUUCAGCUUGUUUUGUCCAGUGUCGAGCAAAGACAAUUCCAAGCUACUCACGAGCUCACAGAGUUCGAGAGGGUGAUCUUGGAAGAACUCAACUCUAACGAAGCAGGUGUCCUUACGCAAAUAUACCACUCGGAUGCUAAGCCUAAAGAGAAAAUAAGUGACAUGGCGAAGGUUGUCACAAAGUUAGGGUUUCGAGAACGGGACCCCGAUCCUCAAGCGCUAGGAAUCCUAACAUCUGCAGCCGGUACUUUGGUUCAGCACAUCAAACCACUCACUGAGAUCUGUGACCCUCGUAAAUGUGCACUCAUUCUGUCUGGUGCCUUAAUGAACCUUCCUGACUAUCAGAAUUUGAUCCUACAGGAGUGGGACAAGCAACAGCAGUCACCAUUCAAGAAAGUUUUGGUGGUCAAUGAUGCAUCAGGCUAUGCUGCUCAGUUUCUAGCUAGACAGAAUAUGACAAUAUACUAG